CACUCUGCACAGCUGCUUCUUCUUCUUCUUCGUCCCCUUUGGUCUCAUCUUCUUUCUCCCAAUCUCUCCGAUGUCGACCGAGACCGAAGAUGCCGUAAGACGCCGUACGGCCACCGCUGACUACCGUAAGAAGCUUCUCCACCACAAAGAGCUCGAUUCCCGCGUCCGCGCAGUGCGAGAGAAGUUGCGGGCUGCGAAAAAGGAGUUUUCCAAGACGGAAGAUGAUCUCAAGUCGCUUCAGAGUGUUGGGCAGAUCAUAGGCGAAGUUCUUAGGCCUCUUGAUAAUGAACGCUUGAUAGUGAAAGCAAGUAGUGGACCUAGGUAUGUGGUUGGCUGCCGGAAUAAAGUGGACAAAGAGAAGCUAACUGCAGGCACCCGAGUCGUUCUCGAUAUGACUACUUUAACUAUCAUGAGGGCACUUCCGCGUGAGGUUGAUCCCGUGGUGUAUAAUAUGCUUCAUGAAGAUCCAGGUAAUGUGAGCUAUUCAGCUGUGGGAGGCCUGUCAGAUCAGAUUCGAGAGCUUAGGGAGUCUAUAGAACUGCCUCUUAUGAAUCCCGAGCUCUUUCUUAGAGUAGGGAUCAAACCUCCAAAGGGUGUUCUUCUUUAUGGACCUCCUGGAACAGGGAAGACAUUACUUGCAAGAGCUAUUGCUAGCAAUAUAGAUGCUAACUUUCUAAAGGUUGUGUCCAGUGCCAUCAUUGAUAAGUAUAUUGGUGAAAGUGCAAGAUUGAUUAGGGAGAUGUUUGGCUAUGCUCGUGAUCACCAGCCUUGUAUCAUUUUCAUGGAUGAGAUUGAUGCUAUUGGUGGACGCCGUUUUAGUGAAGGGACCAGUGCAGACCGUGAAAUUCAAAGGACACUAAUGGAGUUGCUUAACCAACUUGAUGGUUUUGACCAGCUUGGAAAGGUUAAAAUGAUUAUGGCAACAAAUAGACCUGAUGUUCUAGAUCCCGCACUUCUUCGUCCUGGAAGACUAGACAGGAAAAUUGAGAUUCCAUUACCGAAUGAGCAAUCAAGAAUGGAAAUUCUGAAAAUCCAUGCUGCUGGCAUUGCCAAACAUGGAGAAAUUGACUAUGAAGCAGUUGUGAAGCUUGCUGAGGGAUUUAAUGGGGCUGAUCUUCGAAAUGUUUGCACCGAAGCUGGAAUGUCUGCAAUUCGUGCUGAAAGGGAUUAUGUCAUCCAAGAAGAUUUCAUGAAGGCCGUACGAAAAUUGAAUGAAGCAAAGAAACUUGAGUCCAGUGCUCACUACAAUGCCGAUUUCGGCAAGGACUGAAAUAAAUUUUAAUAUGCUGGAAAUUUUAUGGAAAAAAUGAAGUCAUGUUAGAGGCUGUUUCUCUAAUCUUGACUUAAGCCUAUUUCUCUGUUCUCGAAGAACUGGAUGGUGUCUAUGGUGGCAAUGCAAUACAGUCUGCAAGAAGUCUCCCACCAUCUCCAUCAGAGAUAAACAGUUCAAAAUGUUCUGUUUCAUUUUUUUUCCCUUUUCUUUGGGCUAUUCUUUUUAGUUCUUCAGCUGUGUAAUUGUGAAUUGUCAAGCUUCAAUUAUAUGUUUCCUUUUCUUUUUUCCUGGCUAAAGAAUAUUUUUUUCGGUGCUACAUGUAAAAACACUCCAACC